AUGAGCACUCUACUCCCUCAAACCAUCGACAUACUGACGAGCGGUCGGAAGCCCACUAUCGACGAGUUGAAGAGUAUCCCCUGGAUCGACACCAAGGAUCCUGUCACCUACUUCUGCCUGGUUGAGAAGCUGGAUCGACUUGGCAACGUCAUUGAGCGAGGUCUCAAGGUCGGAUGUGCAUGGUCCGAGGAUGGAGGUGCAAGAAGGCGACGUACGGACCAUGACAACCCAAUCAAUUCGAUAAAAUGGGCCAAAGAAGGAAGUCCUUUCCACGCGUUGCUCAACUCCGCAGCCAAAGACGAGACGAUCCACAAACACUGGGGCAUUCUCUCCAGAGGAGCACCUUUCCAACGUACAACUGAUGCCGAUGACUAUCUUGCCGCACGCUACUUCCAGGUCGAGGCUAUGUUAUCAGCUGCUCUCGGUGCUUCGAAGGAUGGAAUGAACAAUCCGGAGUAUCUGGCCAUGAAGUGGUGGGCAGCUGACCCUCAAGUCGAUGCUGGAGUCGACGAUGAGGUCGAGGCAUCGCCCUGGGAUGGCCUGGAUUCUCACUGCGCAAUGGAGGACAGAUUCGCGCGACGGUCGAGUGUUCCAGUGGAGUCACGUGCUCAGACCAGGUUAGCAGUAUCUGCAAAAUCGAGCCGGAUGUAUAAGGCCAAGGCCGUCGCAAACGACAAGUUCUUGUGUACCUAUGUCGAUUGCGAGCGCUCUCAGCCUGGCAAUGGUUUCCCUAAUUCUCAGAACCACAGAGCUCACCUCAAAUGGCACGAAAAAAAU